GGUAAUAAGGUAAGCUGGCCCAUUGCUGGCUACUGCAGGGGCUUUUUAGCUUAUUUGUAGCUGGGGCCUCGAUCAUUGAGUGGCGGAUCUUUUCUGGAGUGCGGCUCAUACACCGUCCAAUAUUCAAUUUUCUACAUACACUCGCCCAAGACACAACAAAGCGAGAUACAUUGGCCGCCGUAUGACUCACUGUUCCUGGAUCCCGGUCUGUAUAAGUUCGCUCCGUCCAGAUUGUCGAGUUCUCCUUUUGUUCUCCUUUGACAACAUCCUCCGAAACUCAUAACUCGCCAAUAUGGAGGCUAUCAAGGCGACUUUUGCACAAUGCAAGAAGGAAAACAGAAGUGCCCUCGUGGGUUACUUCACAGCUGGAUACCCCACCCCAGAAGAGACGCCAGACAUUAUGCUGGGAUUACAAGCUGGUGGUGUUGAUGUGAUCGAGCUCGGUCUCCCCUUUACAGAUCCUAUUGCAGACGGACCGACGAUACAGAAAUCGAAUACUGUGGCUCUUCAGAAUGGCGUCACUGUGUCCUCCUCCCUCCAGUUCGUUCGAGACGCACGGAAGAAGGGCCUCAAAAUCCCCGUGCUGUUCAUGGGUUAUUUCAACCCUCUCUUGCGCUACGGUGAAGAUCGCAUGUUGAAGGACUGCAAAGAGGCUGGUGUGAAUGGGUUCAUUAUGGUGGAUCUGCCCCCCGAGGAGGCGGUCAGAUUCAGAAACAACUGCACAAAAGCUGGACUGUCAUAUGUGCCCCUAAUUGCACCGGCUACGUCAGAAAAGCGCAUGAAACUACUCUGCAAAAUCGCAGACUCCUUCAUAUAUGUCGUCUCUCGUAUGGGUGUCACUGGCGCAACCGGCACACUGAACACGAAACUCCCGGAAUUGUUGGAGAGAGUACACCAAUAUUCCGGCGGCGUGCCUGCAGCUGUAGGAUUUGGUGUCAGCACAAGAGAGCACUUUUUGAGUGUAGCACAAAUCGCAGAGGGUGUGGUCAUUGGUAGUCAAAUUGUGACGACUUUGGGCAACGCGAAGGAGGGCGAGCGUGCCAAAGCAGUGUACGAGUAUACUUCACAAAUCACUGGCCGAAAAGUGGGCGAGUUCAACAACACAAACGGUCUGACGAGGGAAGUGGGAAUGGUCGAGACAAUGGACGCUGCAAAAGAGCCGAACGCCACGACCAAUGGACUGAACGGCCACCAGGUACAAGUCGACGAAGUCAUCACUGACGCAGAUGUCCCUGACGAACCGGGACUAGCAGACCAGCUCGACGCUCUCAAUUCCUCCACAAAUGGCACCGAACCAAACCCAGAGGCUAUUCCUGCUCAAUUUGGGCAAUUCGGUGGACAAUACGUCCCCGAGUCUCUGAUGGAUUGCUUAGCAGAGCUUGAAGAAGGUUUCACUGCUGCUAAGAACGAUCCUAAAUUCUGGGAAGAAUUCAGAUCCUAUUAUCCCUACAUGGGCCGGCCUUCAUCGCUACACCUGGCUAAUCGCCUGACGGAAAAGGUUGGUGGAGCGCAAAUCUACCUCAAGCGAGAAGACCUGAACCACACUGGAAGCCACAAGAUCAACAAUGCCCUGGGCCAAAUUCUAGUUGCUCGACGUUUGGGAAAGACUCGAAUCAUUGCCGAAACUGGUGCUGGACAGCAUGGUGUCGCCACCGCAACUGUCUGCGCCAAGUUCGGCCUGGAAUGUGUGGUCUACAUGGGCGCCGAGGACGUGCGGAGACAAGCCCUGAACGUCUUCCGUAUGAAGCUUCUUGGCGCAAAGGUUGUCGCUGUUGAGGCUGGAUCACGAACACUCCGUGAUGCCGUAAACGAAGCUCUCCGUGCGUGGGUCGUUGAUCUCGACACCACGCAUUACAUCAUCGGAUCAGCUAUCGGCCCUCAUCCGUUCCCAACCAUUGUCCGAACGUUCCAGAGCGUGAUUGGGCAAGAGACGAAGGAAGAGAUGCUCGAGCUCACUGGCAAACUUCCCGAUGCUGUGAUUGCCUGUGUCGGUGGAGGUUCGAAUGCGGUAGGCAUGUUCUACCCUUUCAGCUCGGACACAUCUGUCAAAUUGAUUGGUGUCGAAGCUGGUGGAGAGGGUAUUGAGACUGGCAGGCACUCGGCAACGCUGUCUGGUGGUUCAGUCGGUGUCUUGCACGGAGUGAGGACGUACGUGCUGCAGAACGAGCACGGGCAGAUCUCCGACACGCACUCAAUCUCGGCUGGUCUUGAUUACCCUGGUGUCGGACCCGAGUUGUCAGGUUGGAAGGAGACGUCGAGAGCGAGCUUCAUCAGUGCCACCGAUUCGCAGGCUCUGAUUGGUUUCCGUACACUGAGCGAGAGCGAGGGUAUCAUUCCUGCCCUGGAGUCGAGUCAUGCUGUCUAUGGAGCUAUGGAAGUCGCCAAGACGAUGAGCAAGGAUGAGACUAUCGUCAUCUGUCUCAGUGGCAGAGGUGAUAAGGACGUUCAAGAGGUGGCAGACGAGUUGCCACGGUUGGGACCUGGUAUUGGUUGGGAUUUGAGGUUCUAGAUGUCUGCUCUAGAUGAUAUGUGCAAUGCUGCGUUGAUGGUGUGCCAUGUUUGACUAGAAAAUCAUGAGGUGUAGCAAGAUAAGCAUAAUAUAUCUGGAGUUCUAACUGCA